AUGGCCCCUACCACCAUCAGCACCGUUAUCUCCAUCAUCUCCUCCGACUUCCAGGACGUCAUCGACAAGAAGGAGCUCAUCCAGGUCCUCAAGACCAAGCAGGCCGAGAUCAAGAUGGAGGCAAAGAACGCCAGAGCCGACAGGCCGCCCACUGCCUACAACGUCUACAUGUGGGAGAAGAUGAAGUCCGAGGAUCUCGCCAACCUCAAGCCCAAGGAGAGGAUGUCCAUCAUCUCCAAGCAAUGGAAGGAUGAUGCCGAGCAGUACAAGGCCGACAAGGCGUGGUAUGAUCGCGCCUCGGAGGAGAUGAGACAGGAGAAGGAGGCGAAGAAGACAGAAGACAAGGACACAUCCAAGGAGGCAGAGAAGGAGGCUAAGAAGGCUGAGAAAGAGGCUGAGAAGGAGGCUAAGAAGGCCGAGAAAGAGGCUGAGAAGGAGGCUAAGAAGGCUGAGAAGCAGGCUGCCAAGGAGGCUGAGAAGGAGGCUAAGAAGGCCGAGAAAGAGGCUGAGAAGGAGGCUAAGAAGGAAGCAAAGAAGGCCGCUAAGGAGGCCGAGAAGGAGGCUAAGAAGGCCGAGAAGAAGGCCGCUAAAAACAAUAAGUAA